UCUAUUCUUUCUUUUUUAGUUAUUUGUGUUCGCUGUUCACUGGGUGGCGUGUUAGUAAAACGAGGAGGAUUUGGGAAGCACAAACCACAGGUCUGGUCUGGCCCAAACCCAUGCUACGAUAAAAAUGGAGUUAUGAAAUUCGUAAGUUUAGUAAGAAACAAAAUGAAGUAUUACUUAGUAAGUUUGGGGUCAAGUGUAACCUUUUCUGCAAGGUAAAAAAAUAAGUUUUAAGUUUUUGACUUUACGUCCUGGAGAGUAAGUUUUUCAGUAAAUCAAGAUUCAUAGACAGAAAAACGUUUACCACCAUCUAAGUCCUUUCUUUAAUUCGCAGUAGCGGGUUAAAGUUGGCCUUUUCUUGGCGUACAGGUUAGGGUCAGGGUUAUGAACUCUUGGAAUAGCCUGUGUCAAAAUUAUGCUGUAAAAAGUUUGUAACAAACACGACUGCAAAACAGCCCGUAUUUUUUUCCCAGGUCAAGAACGCGCGAGCGGUCAAACGAAUAGCCUGCGAGCGGAGACGUAUUUUCGGUCGUCGCUUCUCUCCACCUGAAAGGUAAGGUGAACGGAAGUGACGACCGAAAAUGUGUCUGCGUUCGCAGGCUAUCAAACGAAAGGUCUGGAUUUAGGUCUGGAGUCAGGGUGAAAACGGAUAGUAAGACUGGAGAGAGACGCGAAAAAUACGUGUGUGUGUGAGACUCAUGCGUUUCGCGCGAUGUCACGCCGGCGCCUUCGCAAUAUUGAUUUUGAAAAAAACAAAACAAAACAAAACAAAAAAACCCGACUGUUUCGCCGACUAAAAACGAAAUCAAAUGUUCCCUUUCCUAUAAACUGCCGUUCUGGACUUCAGAUUUCCUUUCCUUUAUACCCCACUUGGGUUUCCGUGGUCGCGUUUUCUUGUUUCAGUGCUUGAUGGAUUUCUAAAGUCAGAGCACACAUCUCGUUUCUGAUCUCUCCACUAUAGCCUCCACCAAAGGAUCCCCCUUGGUUCACAGACGACAUGUGUCAUAUGAGCAUUUGUGCUGAUGCCUUCGUUCUAACCAAGUCUUUGUGCAUGAUGAAAGGAGCAUCAUGUUCAGAGGUAAGUCGGCCUCUUUUUGAUCUCUUUGUUUUCGCCAUUCUUAUUGGCUCAUCAGAUGCAGUUAGUCUUUUGAUAGGUUGAACUGUGAAACAUUCGUUCUUUUCCUUACAUCGCGGAACGCAGAGCGUGAAUUUUCAUAGCCUGUGAACAGGCUCUCUGUUUGGGGAAAGGGUAAAAAAAUCGCGAGGAGAGGCUCCUCGCGAUUUUUUCACCCUUUCCCCAAACAGAGAGUCUGUUCACAGGCUAGGAUUUUCACACUUGACCCUUGUCCUUUGAAACUUAAUAAUAAUGGAAUUUUUGUUGAUUUUUCUUAAAAUCAGGGCCAGUAUUUAGCAGUGGUCCCAAAUCCGUCCUCUCCAGCUGACUGCUGUGUGUGUAAACCAUGUGAGUAA